AUGGAGUUUGUAUCUGGAUACCGGGAUGAAUUCCUUGAUUUCGCUGCCCUCCUGUUUGGCUGGUUCCGAAAGUUCGCGACGGAGCGCGGGGCUGUGGGGGCCAGCCUUGAGGGCCGCUGGCGCCAGCUGGAGACGCAGAUCAGAAGGCUGCCCCAGGACCCCGCCCUUUGGGUGCUGCAUGUUCUGCCCAACCGUAAUGUGGGCAUCAGCCUGGGGCAAGGAGCAGAGCCAGGCCCUGGAUCGGGCCUGGGGGCUGCCCAGUUCCUGGGAGAUGAGCCCCCACUCCACCUGCGAGACCUAAGCCCCUAUGUCAGUUUUGUCAGCCUGGAGGAAGGGGAGGAAGCAGAGGAGGAGGAGGAGGAGGAGGAGGAAGAGAAUGGAGAGGAGGAGGGUGCAGGCUUGGAGAAGGUAGAUCCAGACAAAAAUGGGGCCCCUGCCCCUACCAGCAGGGACUCCCCGCAGGAAGCAAACCCUCCAGGGAGGCCAGAGGAGCCGGAGCAAGAGGCAGGAGGUGGAGGAGGUGCCCAGGAUUGCUGCCGAGAAGAUAAGGCAGAGGACGAAGCAGUCCCUGAGAGGAGGAAGGGGCAGAGAAGUGAGGCUGCCCCCCUGCACCUUUCCUGCCUCUUGCUGGUAACAGACGAACAUGGCACCAUCUUGGGCAUUGACCUACUAAUGGAUGGAGCCCAGGGCAGUGCAGGCAAGGGCUCCGGGCCAGAGAACCUGGCCCCUCGGGCCUAUGCUCUCCUCUGCCACAGCAUGGCCUGCCCCAUGGGCUCCGGAGACCCUCGAAAGCCCCGACAGCUGACUGUGGGAGAUGCCCAGCUGCAUCGAGAGCUGGAGAGUCUGGUCCCGAGGCUGGGAGUGAAGUUAGCCAAGACGCCGAUGCGGACAUGGGGUCCCCGGCCAGGCUUCACGUUUGCCUCCCUUCGGGCUCGAACCUGCCACGUCUGUCGCAGACAUAGCUUUGAAGUGAAGCUGACACCUUGCCCCCAGUGUAGUGCGGUCUUGUACUGCGGAGAGUCUUGUCUCCGGGCCGACUGGCGGCGAUGUCCGGAUGACGUGAGCCACCGGUUUUGGUGCCCGAGGCUCGCGGCCUUCAUGGAACGUGCCGGAGAACUGGCAACUCUGCCUUUUACCUACGCCGCAGAGGUGACCAGUGAAACCUUCAACAAGGAGGCCUUCCUGGCCUCACGGGGCCUCACUCGUGGCUACUGGACCCAGCUCAGCAUGCUGAUUCCAGGCCCUGGCACGCCCAGGCACCCCCGGGGCAGCACGCCAUCCCUCAGUCUUCUUCUCAGUGGAGAUCCCUACCAGCUUCUCCAGGGGGAUGGGCCUGCCCUGAUGCCUCCUGUGCCCCCAGAUCCACCCAGGAGCCUCUUUGGCUCAUGGCAGGAUUACUACACGUGGAGGGGCCUCGGCUUGGACUCCCCCAUGGCUGUGCUUCUCACCUACCCGCUGACUGUGUACUAUGUCAUCACCCACCUGGUGCCCCAGUCCUUCCCUGAGCUCAACAUCCAGAACAAGCAGUCACUGAAAAUCCACGUGGUGGAGGCCGGGAAGGAGUUUGACCUGGUCAUGGUGUUCUGGGAGCUCUUGGUCCUGCUCCCCCACGUGGCCCUAGAGCUGCAGUUUGUGGGCGACGGCCUGCCCCCUGAGAGUGACCAGCAGCAUUUUACCCUGCAGAGGGAUGGCCCAGAAGUGUCUGUCCGUCCUGGUUCCGGGGUAUCGGGGCGGCUCAGCUCCGGGACCAAGGAGAAGGGGGGCCGCAGGGACCUGCAGAUCAAGGUGUCUGCACGGCCCUACCACCUGCUCCAGGGGCCCAAACCUGACCUGGUUAUCGGGUUUAACUCCGGCUUCGGUCUCAAGGACACCUGGCUGAGCUCGCUGCCCCGGCUCCAGUCUCUCUCUGCCCCUCCCCCGACAAGGAGGAAGAGGGGCCGGCAGGGGCAUGACAAGUCCUGA